CGCCCAUCCUCGGCGAUGCAGCGCGGCGCCGCCUGGGCGCUGCUCUUGGCCGCGGCCCUGGGGCUAGGGGUGCGCGGGGUUCGCGGUGCGGUGGCCCUCGCCGACUUCUACCCUUUCGGCGCGGAGCGCGGCGACGCUGUCACCCCCAAGCAGGACGACGGAGGCUCGGGUCUGCAGCCGCUCUCCGUGCCCUUCCCGUUCUUCGGCGCCGAACACUCCGGACUCUACGUGAACAAUAAUGGGAUCAUCUCCUUCCUGAAGGAGGUCUCUCAGUUCACCCCAGUGGCAUUUCCCAUCGCCAAGGACCGCUGCGUAGUGGCAGCCUUCUGGGCAGAUGUGGACAAUCGACGUGCAGGUGAUGUGUACUACCGGGAGGCCACUGACCCAGCCACACUGCGCAGAGCCACAGAGGAUGUCAGGCGAUACUUCCCUGAGCUCCUGGACUUCUCCGCCACCUGGGUUUUCAUAGCCACCUGGUACCGUGUGACCUUCUUCGGAGGCAGCUCCUCUUCCCCUGUCAACACGUUCCAGACUGUGCUUAUCACUGACGGCAAGUUCUCCUUCACCAUCUUCAACUACGAGUCCAUCACGUGGACCACAGGCACACACGCCAGCAGCGGGGGCGACACUACAGGCCUGGGGGGCAUCGCAGCCCAGGCCGGCUUCAAUGCAGGUGAUGGGCGGCGCUACUUCAGCAUCCCCGGCUCCCGCACAGCGGACAUGGCGGAGGUGGAGACCACCACCAACGUGGGCGUGCCCGGGCGCUGGGCGUUCAGAAUCGAUGAUGCCCAGGUGCGCGUGGGGGGCUGCAGCCAUACAACCUCCGUGUGCCUGGCCCUGCGCCCGUGCCUUAACGGUGGCAAGUGCAUCGACGACUGUGUCACGGGCAACCCCUCCUACACCUGCUCCUGCCUCUCAGGCUUCACGGGGAGGCGGUGUCACCUGGAUGUGAAUGAAUGUGCUUCCCAUCCGUGUCAAAAUGGCGGGACCUGCACACAUGGUGUCAACAGCUUCAGCUGCCAGUGCCCGGCCAGCUUCGGGGGACCCACCUGUGAGACACCACUGUCUCCAUGUGAUACCAGAGAAUGUAAGAACGGUGGCCGGUGCCAGGCGGAGGAGGGCUCAGCGGUGUGCCUAUGCCUGCCUGGCUACACGGGUGUGGCCUGUGAGACGGAUGUGGAUGAGUGUGCCUCCAGCCCGUGCCUCAACGGGGGCUCGUGUGUCAACCUCGUGGGGAACUUCACCUGCCUGUGUGCAGAGCCCUUCGAGGGACCUCGCUGUGAGACAGCCUGGACUCAAAGCAGCUCCCAGACCAGAAGUGAGCAUCAGAUGGAUGGAAAGAGCUCCAAGAGCAGCCACUCGUUGGGAAACCACCCAGUGCCGGAUCCCUGCUUCUCGGCCCCUUGCCAGAAUGGGGGCACCUGUGUGGAUGCAGAUGAGGGCUAUGUGUGCGAAUGCCCCCAGGGCUUCACCGGCCCCGACUGCAGGGAGAGAACCCCUGACCACUGUGAGUGCCGUAAUGGUGGCAGAUGCCUAGGGGCCAACACCACCCUCUGCCAGUGCCCCCCAGGCUUCUUUGGGCUCCUCUGUGAAUUUGAAGUCACAGCCACUCCCUGCAACAUGAACACACAGUGUCCCGACGGGGGCUACUGCAUGGAGUACGGUGGGAGCUACCUCUGCGUCUGCCACACGGACCACAACGUCAGCCACUCACUGCCAUCACCCUGCGACUCAGACCCCUGCUUCAACGGAGGUUCCUGUGAUGCCCACGAGGACUCCUACACUUGCGAGUGCCCCCGAGGGUUCCAUGGCAGGCACUGUGAGAAAGCCCGACCACGCCUGUGCAGCUCGGGGCCCUGCCGGAACGGGGGCACGUGCAGGGAGGCAGGCAGCGAGUACCACUGCAGCUGUCCCUACCGCUUCACCGGGAGGCACUGCGAGAUCGGGAAGCCGGACUCCUGUGCCUCAGGCCCCUGUCACAAUGGUGGCACCUGCUUCCACUACAUUGGCAAAUACAAGUGUGACUGUCCCCCAGGCUUCUCUGGGCGGCACUGUGAGAUAGCCCCCUCCCCCUGCUUCCGGAGCCCCUGCAUGAAUGGGGGUACCUGUGAGGACCUGGGCACAGAUUUCUCCUGCCGCUGUCGAGCAGGGUACAUGGGACGCCGAUGUCAGGCGGAGGUGGAUUGCGGCACCCCAGCAGAGGUGAAACAUGCCACGCUGCGCUUCAAUGGCACUCGGCUGGGAUCCGUGGCCCUGUACGAGUGUGACCAAGGCUACAGCCUGAGCUCCCCCAACUACGUCCGAGUCUGCCAGCCACAGGGAGUCUGGAGCGAACCUCCACAGUGCCACGAGACAGAUGAGUGCCAAGCACAACCCUGCAGAAAUGGAGGCUCCUGCAGGGACCUCCCAGGGGCCUUUGUCUGCCAGUGCCCUGCAGGCUUCACUGGAGUCCACUGCGAGACAGAGGUGGAUGGCUGCCACUCCAGCCCCUGCCAGCACGGAGGCCGGUGUGAGAACGGUGGCGGGGCCUACCUGUGCGUCUGCCCAGAAGGCUUCUUCGGCUACCACUGUGAGACAGUGAGUGACCCCUGCUUCUCCAGCCCUUGUGGGGGCCGCGGCUACUGCUUGGCCAGCAAUGGGUCCCACAGCUGCACCUGCAAAGUGGGCUACACGGGCAAGGAUUGUGCCAAAGAGCUCUUCCCACCAACGGCCCUCAAGGUGGAGCAAGUGGAAGAGAGUGGGGUCUCCAUCUCCUGGCGUCCACCUGAAGGUCGGGCCGCCAGACAGAUGCUCGAUGGCUACGCAGUUACCUACACAUCCUCAGAUGGUGCCUACCGCCGCACAGACUUUGUGGACCGGAGCCGCUCCUCGCACCAGCUGCACGCCCUUGCAGCCGGCAGAGCCUACAACAUCUCUGUGUUCUCGGUCAAGCGCAAUGCCAACAACAAGAAUGACAUCAGCAGGCCAGUGCUGCUGCUGACCCGCACACGACCCCGCCCAGUUGAGGGCCUCGAGGUCACCAAUGUGACAGCCAGCACCAUCUCAGUGCGGUGGGCUCUGCACAGGAUCCGUCAUGCCACUGUCAGUGGCGUCCGUGUGUCCAUCCAGCAUCCUGAGGCCCAGGAGGACCAAUCCACUGAUAUGGACAAGAGUGUGGACAGGUUCACAUUUGGGUCCCUGCUGCCAGGAAGGAGAUACACCAUCCAGGUGACUGCCCUCAGUGGGCUUGGGGGACAGGAGCCUCCCACUGAGAGCCUGGCCUCGACCCCACUGCACGUGUGGACUCGGCCCCUGCCACCAGCCAACCUGACAGCUGCCAGAGUCACAGCCACCUCUGCCCAUGUGGUCUGGGACAUCCCCACUUCCAGUACCUUGCUGGAGGCGUAUGUCAUCAACGUGACCACCAGCCAGAGCACCAAGAGCCGCUACGUCCCCAAUGGGAGGCUGACGUCCUACACGGUGCGGGACCUGCUGCCAGGACGACGCUACCAGCUAUCAGUGACCGCUGUGCAGAGCGCUGAGGGUGACCAACUGCACAGUGAGCCUGCUCACCUCUACAUCAUCACCUCCUCGAGGGACGGCGCUGACAGACGCUGGCACAGGGAGGGACUGCAUCCCCGAGUGCUCAGAAACAGACCCCCGCCCGCACGCCUGCCAGAGCUGCGCCUGCUCAGUGACCGCGACGCGCCUGAAACCCAGACCCCGGCCCCCAGGUUCUCAGAGCUGGUGGACGGCAGAGGGCGAGUGAGUGCCAAGUUUGGGGGCUCGCCUGGCAAAUCGGUCACCGUGAGAUCGCAACCCACGGCUCCGGUGCAGCUUGAAAACAUGGAGGAAGACCAAAAGCAGGUGCCUGAACAGGUCAGCCUGGCCCUCCAGCUUCCUGAACACCGCAUUGACAAGGAUGGGGAAAACACCCCUGGGAACUGUUCAGAAAAUCCCUGUCAGAAUGGAGGCACCUGCGUGCCAGGUAUGGACACCCACAGCUGUGACUGCAACCCAGGGUUCAAAGGCAGACGCUGUGAGCUUGCCUGUAAAAAGGUGCCUCAGCCCUGCACUCGGCUCUUCUCAGAGACAAAGGCCGUGCCAGUCUGGGAAGGAGGCGCCUGUCACCACAUGUACAAAAGAGUCUACAAAGUGCAUCAGGACAUCUGCUUCAAAGAGAGCUGUGAAAGCACAAGCGUCAAGAAAACCCCAAACAGGAAACACAGUAACAGUCCAACAAUGAAGAAAUCUUAGGGUACAGGGUUUCGGAACGUUCUUGUUACACUCCAUCAACCUCAUGAGCUCCUAAAGCCCAGGAAGGCGGGGUCUAAAAUUGGACUGAAAGGACACCCUGAAAGACCAGGUCCUGGCUCGCAUUUGUCCCCUCUGCGGCUUCUCUCUAGAAGAUGGACGGCCAAGGCCAGGCAGAGUCCAGCCCACCUCUCUUCAAGGCCACACCAGGGAGACCCUCUGGGCCAAAUCACCUCCCAGUCCUGCAAUGCAUGAAACAGCCUGUGCUGUAGCCCUGGCUGCCGUCUCCUACAGGGACAGUCUGCACCAUGGCCAGGGAGCAACUGCCAUGUGCACCUGGGCCCUGGAUGAGCAGGGCUGCCAGCCAGCAAGGCUCCUGCAGCAUCCAGGAACCAGUUGUCAGAUUCCAAAGUCAGAGGGCAAUUUUCCGCCUGAGACCUAACAAUCAAACUGAGAGGAACUGCCUUCUGGCUUCCACAGCGGAGACAGUGGUGCCAGGAAGGGUUGGUGGUGAGGCCAGACAGAAAGGGAAGCCAAGUUCUAGGCGCCCCACCCAACUCUCCUCCAGCAAAUUCUUUGUGCUGGUAUGUGGUGGACUACAGCCCCAUCACAUGGACCAGUAGAUUAUAAAAGACAAAGUGUUCAUUCAUACUAAGAUGGAGUUUAGACACUUUUAGUCUUCAACUUUUUCUCAGUGACUGUUUUAGGUUUUGUGGACCAACCUGUCUCUGUGGCAACUACUCAGCUUGGCACUGGUGGCACGACCACAGUCACAGACAAGUAACCCUAAAGGUGUGGCUGUUCCAGUGAAAUCACAUUUACUAAAUGAGGGGGCAAAUUUCCUGGCCACACUUGGCCAAGCCCUGGUCUAUCGAGUCACCCAGGCCUCAGCCUUAUGCAGAGAAAGCUACCCACCCCCACACCGAUGACAAGUGGCAUGGCAUGGCACCAAGAGCCCCGAGCCUCACAGAAGCACAACGUGACACCCCAACACGUGCAGAGCCUGAACACCAUGGAGAUGGACGACCAGGGCAGGCCAGACCCGACCCAGCUCAAGACUGCUUCAGUCCUCGACUCGAGUGGCACUCGUCCAGGCUGCCGGCUAGCGUGGUCUUUCACACAUUUCCCUCUUCAGCAGAAUGUGGCCCUGGCUUGCCGAGGGGCUUCCCCACACGCUUCUGACCGCUCUGGCUUCUCCCUGCAGAGGAGGCGCAAGCCAUGCAAGUCAACCCCACCUCGGGUCUGCAGAGCAUCGUAGCAGCUGACUCAAGCCCCCACGCAUCUGCCACGUACUCUGUCCCAAGUGAGCCCUACAGCCACAGAGGGCAUGCCUUCUCAUCUUUUAUAAAAACAUUGUUGGAAGAGUUAAAGAGUAUAUUUUAGGCUUUUUAUUAAAAUUUUGUGUGCACAUAUCUGUGUUUUACACAAUUUGUUUUCAGAGAGGAGGAACUGUCAUUUCAAGAAGUCUCUACUGUACCCAUAGCGCCCCC